UCUUUCAUCACAACCACCAUGGAAUCUUAAAGAAAAAUAAAACCUUUGCUAAGGCCGACUUGCUUCCGACCAGCCCAAAGGAGCGCUGCCUGAACCUGGGCAGCAUUUCACAAAACUUGUCAUCAGUGACAAAUGACAGUCUUUUUGUUAUAAGCUACUAAAAUCCUCGCUUCUGAUUGGUUAUCAGCAGAUUUGUCACUGAUGUUUGUCAUUUGUCAUUGUAAAAAGUCUUUGUGAAACGGGCCCCUGGUGAACGUUCCAGAAUGGGUUCGGCAGGCUCCAUUCCAGCCCUGCAGAACAGGCAAGCAGGUGGCCACCACCACAGGAACUCCAAGGCUUGGAUGGGCCUCAAGGCCACCAUCCGCUUCAAGCUGCUCAACAACGGGCUCUGGAGCAGCAUGCGGAGCGAGCGCGAACCCUGGCGAAGCAUCCUCCACAACGCGGCAUCCGACCUCGAGCAGGAGCAGGAGAAGGCGCAGGACACCGCCUGCAGUGACCUGGAGAGCACGCAGAUGUUCCGCGACAUGAUCCGUGGGACCGUGCCCCCGCCGGGGAUGGACACCAGCGGAAGGUCCGUCUGGGUCUUCAUCAGUUCCACCUUCACGGACACCAGGAUAGAGAGAGACUUGCUACUUAUGGAUGCCUACCCGUACAUCAGGGACUAUUGCCGCCAGAUCGGCAUCGACUUCAACGUGGUGGAUUUCCGCUGGGGCAUCCGACAAGGGGCAUCCAACAGACACAUGGCUGCUGAUAUCUGUUACGAUGAGGUCGCUAGGUGUAGAGAUGGUUCUAUCGGCCCUUACUUUGUGGCCAUCCUAGGGGACAAGUACGGGUAUCGACCCAUACCCUCCAAAUUUACAAUGACCCACUUUUUGAAGGUCAUAUCCUACCUAGAGAAGGAAGAGACUAGCGAGUCGUUAGAAGCUGUGGCCCUCAUAAAGGAGUGGUACAUUAAGGAUACCAAUGCUCUUGGAGAGCCCGAGUACCUCCUCCAGCCGAUCGACUCCAGGCUCCAGAACUACUACAGCCUUGAUGAGGACCUUGCUGGGACCGACAGAGAGGAGUGGAACAAGGUGUUCUCAGUCCUCCAGACCUGUAUCUACAGGGCCGUCAAGUACGCCCCUGACAUGGAUCCGGAAUACGUCAAAGACGUUACUCAGUCAGUUACAGAAGGUGAGAUAGAAGUCGGUCUUGAAGGAAUAGACAGCCGGAGCUCCAGUGGCCCUCCUCGCUGCUUCACUUUCACUCGCUGCGUUCACGGUCUGGAUCCCACGGAGAAGUUCAGCCGUAGCUUCCUGGAUAGCGGCUCCCCAGCGGAGCAGGCCGAGAAACAGAGGAAGCUAGGAGAGCUGAAGGAGAAACUCUUAAAGGCGAUGUCCUCGGAUGCUCUGUACAAUUACUCUCUACGAUUUCUACCAAGCCAAGAUGAGAUGAUGAAGGAUGAGAAGAACAAGGAAACACUCAGGGAUUUCAUUGACAUGUUCUGCCAGUUCAUGGUCAAUUCUAUCAAAUCAUAUGCCAUCACGGCUCUACACGACAUGGACAACUACCUCUUCGUCGAGGUCAUGCACCACAGCAGCUUCUGCCGAGACCGGGCGGCGACGGUCAUCGGACAGGAAGAGAACCUGGAGAGACUGAUGGGAUACCUGUCGAGUGCGACAAACAAGGACAAACCCUUCGUCAUCCACGGUCUGGGAGGCACGGGAAAGACCGCCCUCCUUGCCAAGCUCUUCAGCAUGUCCGUUGAGAAGUACAAGGGACAGGUCGCCAAUAGGCCAAUUCAUAUUGUGAGGUUUAUUGGUAUCACACCACAGUCCUACGACAUUAGGAACCUUCUCUAUAGCAUCUGUGAACAGAUCUGCCACUGUCUUGGCCUUGAUGACCACUUCAUUCCCAAAGAAUACAAGAAGCUACAGAGCAUGUUCUUACUCCUCCUACAAAAGGCUUCAAGGAAUAAUCCAAUUAUGAUCUUCCUGGACUCCUUGGACCAGCUGUCGGAUGAAUACCAAGGUCGUGACCUCCUCUGGUUACCAAGGCAACUGUCUAAUUACGUCCACAUGGUGGUGACAGUUCGACCGGAUGCCGGGUUCUGCCUCACAGCCAUUAAGAACCUCAUCGACAAGUCAGACUACUUUCUAGAGAUCAAGCCUCUGAAUGACACCUCCAAGUCGCCCAUGCUAGAAUGCUUACUUGCCAACAAUGGAAGAACGCUGACGCCAGACCAGAAGAGGAUAGUCCUGAAGGCACACCAGGACAACAAGCCAACAGCUCUCUACAUGAAGAUAGCAUGUGACAUGGCAAGCAACUGGUACUCUUAUACACCCCUCUCCACCUGCAAGAUAGCUGGCAACAUCACGGGCAUCAUCACGCAGCUAUUUGAACAGCUGGAAGAGAAACAUGGUUUACUCUUCGUGGCCCACGCCCUCGGCUACUUGACUUGUUCCCGCUCCGGUCUAACGUCCAAUGAGCUGCUCGAUAUAUUGUCAUGUGAUGACCCGGUCCUGGAAGACGUCUUCGAACAUUCCACUCCCCCAAUACGAAAGCUACCACCAUUACUGUGGACAAGGUUACGACUUGAUCUAGGGAGUAAUCUCGUUGAAAGUGGAGCAGACAACAUGGUUGUCUAUAGGUGGUACCACAGGAUAUUCUUUGAGGUGGCUUACUCCCGCUACGUGCAACCCAACAAGCAACAACUCCAUCAGAACAUCGCUGAAUACUUCUCAGAAAGAUGGGCGUACACGCCUAAGCCUUUCGUGAGCAAGAAGACCAAGAAAGUGGACGUAGCCUUCCGGCAGGUCCAGACCCAACCCUUGGUCCUGGACCGUGUCAACCAGGACGAGAGGUCAGCCAGUGCCAAGUCGCUCCAGAGCGAGUUAAAAAAAACGGCCGGCCCUCGUUACAACAUGAGGAAGCUUACGGAGCUUCCGUAUCAUCUCAUCCAAGCAAAGAUGUGGGACGAAGUGGAGAAGGUUAUGUGCUCCAUACCAUGGAUAGAAGCCAAGUGCCUGACUGGAAGGAUCUAUCAACUGAUUCUAGAACUUGCUCAGGCUGCAGACCAAUCGGACCACAAGUCCCAGAAGGUGACCGACUUCUACUACAUGGUACGAGCCAACGCCCAGAUCAUCCAGGAGAACCCUGAACUCAUUACCCAGCAGGCCCUCAAUGAACCUGACUCCUCAGCAUGCUGCCAGGUCGCCACCGAGUACCUCAAGACUAACCGCACCAAGAAGUUGUGCUGGCAAGCCUUGUCCAAGAGCCAAGUCCAAAGUGCAGAGGUCAUGACCCUUACCCACACUGCACCUGUAUCACUGGUACAGUUCUCCCCUAAGGGCAACCUCCUAGCGACAGCCUGCACGGACAACACAGUCAGAAUAUGGAUAGUUGCAAGCGGUGCCCUUGAGGCUACCAUAGAGACAGCAGCAUUGAAGGCUGCCUUUCCUCCCUCGGCCAGCUGGGUAGCCAUCUUGGGGAACAAGUCAAUCUGUACCUAUGGGAUUGGACAAUCAAGUCUCUCUAAAGGGAAGCUUCUGAAGCGCAUUAACGUGUCCAAAAUGGAGCCCGUCAACGGCACCAUCUUUGUCCCUGCCAAUUCCAAGCACCUGUACUUCUACUCCUACGGCCAACUCACCAUCUACAAUGCUGUUAGCGGGAAAGAGAUCCAGAAAAGUGACGUUAAGACGCGGCCGAGGUGUGUGGCAUUCUCUCCUGACGGGAAGCUUAUGGGAGUUGGCUGCAAGGCUGUGUUCAUCUGGGAUAUAUUCGCUCAGAAGGUGCUGAAGACAUUUUCUGAUGGCGUGUUGGGUGCUGAGAGCUCUUUGAGCUUCUCCAAGGAUAACAAGAUCCUCUGCGGUGUCCUGAACAACGGCACCUACUGCUGGAACGUGAAGGGGGCCGGGACCACUGCGACGGGGGUCCUCAACCUGAACUGCCUGGGUGGGAGGGGUGUGGUGUCCCCGAACCUGGACUUUGGGCUGUCUCUCGACGAAAAGGACACCGUGGAGAUCCUAAAGAUGAAAGCCAAAGAGUGGUGCAAACUGAGCGGCCACAAGGCUCCCGUCAAGUGUGCCAACUUCUGCCAGCCGACCUCCCAGUAUGGUCUCCUAGCAACGGGCAGUGAUGACCACACGGUGAGGAUAUGGGACACCAACCACAUCACUAAGUUCACCCAGAGUGCUCCAAAGGUAAAGCAGGUUCACAGUGGCCCAGUGAGUGCCUGUAUCUUCUUUCCUGACGGCUCCAAGGCAGUGACGUCUUGCAAGGGGGAGGACUGCAUCUUGUGGGAUCUGAACCAGAGCGUACCCCAAGCCUACGCGGUCCUCGGGACCGAGGCCGUUUGUGUAAUGGAUAAGGUUCGGUGCGUAUCCGAGGACGGGUGUUUUGUGUUUGCUACAUGCAACGGAUCAGACUUUGAUAUCUGGAACCUGAAGUCUACCCCAAGAAAAGCUGAUAGGAUAGCGAUUAUCGCACGCCACAGACUCCUCCCUUACGUCAGCCCGCGCUACCUCUUUGUAAAAUGUAAGAACCACGCCAUCGCUUGCUUCACGACACCAAACAAACCCGGCGACAUCUUCAUCUACGACCUUUUGUCGGCUGCGUGCAUCGGCGACUGGAUGGCGUACCCUGAUGAGAUACCUCUCUUUGAUAACUACACUCUCUGUGUUAAACAAUUCCACCAUGGACCUGACUUUCAUAUUGCAGCAGCAGCUCUGAGCGAGGACCAAAAGUCUCUGGCCACGGUGGCGGUGAGGACCUCGGACACCUCUCUGAAGCCGAUGGCCAAGGACACCGAGAAGGAAGACUACCUGAGCAACCCACCCAUCGUCCGAAUCUGGCACAUCUCUAAAGGCACUCCGCUGAUGGAGGUCGACCUCAAGGUCACCAUGACCCGAUUUCAUAAGAUCCGUUACCUAGGCGACCAGCUCAUCGUCUUCUUGCACAUGAAGUGGAGGGAUGCGUUGAAUGGAAACGGAAGACCCCAAUCAAGAAGUGCCCGAUCGAAACGUAUUGUGGAACAGGAGCACAAGCAAGGUGAGAUCAUGGUCACCGUCAUAGACACCUCUUCCGGUAACCCCCUCUACACCGACAAACGCCCAGGCACGUACACCAAGCUGAGCGUCCCAAGGGCACAGUUCAUGAACGCCAAAGGAAACGCCAAGGAGAACGCGCAGAGGACAUUCCUGAGCUGCGUGAAGGAUGGGAUUCUGAUCACGAGGCGUGUCGGCGAUAACCAGCCCGUGGGGAAGUUCAGGCAGAAGGACGAUGACGUGACCGCCUAUGCCUUCUCGGCGGAUAACAGUCGGACGUUGGUGGGUGUCGAUGACGGGACUGUUCAUCUCCUGCGCAUCGUAGGAGAUUCAAGGUGAGAGAGUGCCAUUGAAGAAUGCAGUGGAUUUUAUAUCCACAGUAAUUGGUCUUCUGAUAAGUGUCUAACCAUUGAUAUAAAGUCAGGGAGUUGUAAACACAUAUGGACUGAAACGUGAUAUGUGAUGUUCAAGGAUUUGUUUCAAUCCUCGUUAUCAACAUCAUGAGCAUGCACUAUACCUUUAUUUUUUUCAUGGUGUAGAGCACAGACCCAUUGUUUCAAAUUAUCUUACUUGUAGUUGUUCACUUUAGAUACUGGAGGCUAAGUAGUAUAACAGAGAAUAGGGAGUUAAGUAGAAGCAAGGAAUGUAAUUACAAAUCCCUUCCCUUUCUGUCACAAAUAUUUCAUGCAUGUUGAGGUUUUAUGUAGCAUAUUCACCUUUUUAUUCAGAAUUUGUGCGAUCAAAUAUUUUAUAAUGUUGAAUUCCGCAAAAUUGAAUACAGUCAACUCUGCAUAACUCAAAGUUGCGUAAGUCAAAUUUUCCCUAAUUCUCUCUCAGCAGUAAAGUCAGUUAUCAAAAUGUUAUGCAACAAAUGACCAGUGGACAAAUAUUAUACUACUUUUAUGAUACAAAUUACCAGUCAUCCAAUAUUGAGUACUACUUUUAUGUAACAAAUUACCAGUCGUCCAAUAUAUAAGUACUACUUUUUGCAUGGUGUAUUCAGAUUUAUGCAAUUAAGUCACAAGAAUUCUUAUUAAGUCGUGUAUUUGGAAUGUCCAACAUUAUUGUCAUGGAGUCAUGUGUAUAAUUGUGUUUUCUUUAAACUGAGCAAAAAGUAUUAUGAAAUUCAACUGUAAUUUUAUAUGUAAAAUGUAUUUCAAACUCCAGUGUUCAUAUGCAUCGAUCAUGAAAAAUUAUGCAAAUAUAUGUUAAUAUACAGUAUUCCGAUACAGAGAUAAACUAUAUUAAUUGGCUGAAUAUUAGCUGUAAUGUCAUUUCUGUGAAGAAAAUAUUCUGAUAUGUUUUCAUAUGCAUCGAUCUUGAACAAUUAUGCAAAUUUAUAUUAAGAUAGAGUAUUCAGAUGCAGAGAUAAACUUUAUUUAUUGGCUGAAUAUUACCUGAAAUGUCAUUUCUGUGAAGAAAAUAUGCUGAUGCUGAACAUAUGUCUUUCUUGGAUGGAUGUAUUGUCUUGCUUUUAAGAAAAAUGACAUAAAUUUGACAUGAAAGUAAUUUUAUUUAAUGCCCCUAUUGCUUUCAGCAGAUGAUAAAGAAUGUGGUGCCUUUUCUUUCCAUCUAAAUCAGAUUUUCCAUCAUGUCUUUCAUAUUAUAGUGUGUUAAGCGGUCUUUCAUAUCAUGGUGCCCUAAGUGGUCUUUCAAUUUAAGAUACAUGAAAUUGAAACCUGAUUGUUCACUAAGAGUAUUGGUGCAUUUACAAAUAUAUAUUCUUUAGCCCACCGCACACUAAGCGGCUAUACCUACACAUAUUUUUAUUCACCUGUUACGAAUAAUUUUACAUGUUUUCAAUAGUCAGAAAGGUAAUUGCAUACAUUAAUUGUUGCUAGGUAGGACAAACAUUAUGGCUUGUCCUACCAUACAACACGUAAUGAAUGCAAUUUCGAUUCUGACUAUUGAAAUACAUUUAUUUGAAACAGGUGAAUGACAGAAUUUUGAACAAGAAAGUUAACAAAGAUUUGUGCGUUAAAUUUGAUUACAUUACAAAAUGUAUGUAAUCAAACAUGUUACCACAGACUGGUAUACAAUUGAUGUGUGUGAAAGUAAUAUUGUGCUCUUAAUUCCAUUUGUAUAAAGAUGCAACAGAUGUAUUUUGUAUCUUAACCAUGUGAUCGUGAAGUAUUUAUGGAUUGAACUAUACAGUAAUUCUACAGUUAUUUAUUAGAAACAUUUAGACUACCUCUGAACUAGCAAAGGCAUUAGGUAAUGUGGAUUUGAUAAACAUUUAUCAUAUACAACUGUCGGCGUGAUAGUAAUAAUGUGAUUUUUAUCUUAUUUGUAAAAAGAUGCAACAGAUUUAUUUUGUAUCUUAUUCAUGUAAUUGUGAAGUAUUUAUGGAUUGAACUAUACAAUAAUUCUACAGUAAUUUAUUAGCAAUGGUUAGGCUACCUCUUUGAACUAGCAAAUGCAUUAGGUAAUGUGGAUUUGAUAAACAUUUAUCAUAUACAACUGUCGGCGUGAUAGUAAUAAUGUGAUUUUUAUCUUAUUUGUAAAAAGAGGCAACAGAUUUAUUUUGUACCUUAAUCGUGUCAUUGUGAUUAUACGAUACAGUAAUGGAUUAUACUCUACAGUAAUUCUUCUAUAACUUAUUAGCAAUGUUUAGGCUACCUCUCUAAACUAGCAAAGGCAUUGGGUAACAUGGAUUUUACAAAUGUAUCAUAUACAACUGGCGUGUGUGAUAGUAAUAUUUUGUAUUUUUAUUCUUUUUGCAUAACGAUGCAACAGAUUUAUUUCAUAUCUUGAUCAUGUGAUUGUGAUUGUACUAUAUAUAUAGUAAUGAGUUAUACUGUACAGUAAUUCUACUAUAAUUUAUUAGCAAUGUUUAGGCUACCUCUCCAAACUAGCAAAGGCAUUAUGUAAAAUGGACUUGACAGUGUAUAUUCAUCAUAAAAGUCAUCCAAAAAGUGAUAUAUUUAUGUAUUUAUUUGAUUUUGUACUAAUAUGGAGUACAUUUGAACAACAUACAGUGAACAACUGAAUUUUUCAUAUCCCCUCAUAAAUAUGAUGUUUUUUUGUAACUCAAGAAUGGAAGGUGGACUGGUUGAAUAUUAAUCAGGACAAAUCGUUUUUUAUCUACAACAAAAAUUGGUAUGGGUAUGAGUGAUUUAGUUGUUCAAAAUAAACGCUAGUGGCAAUCUGUGUUGUGCUGAUGUAAAUAUGUAAUGGUUAUAUGUAUGUUUUUAUGGUCAGUGUGUGAAACUACCUGAAUAUAUAGUUAUGAUACAAUGCAAGAAUGAACAAUUUUAGUGCAUUUCUUUGAAAAGUUUUUAUUGUAAUAGAAUUACAUGUACAUAAUGUAGUACUAGAGUUUUAUUUGUCAGUAAGUGUAUUUUGCUGUGUACUGCAUGCCAAAGAAUAGUUACAGAAAAUAAUUGUUAAGCUAGUGAACAUGACACAAGGGUCUAUUAUGCAUUAUAGUUUAGCAAAAUAUAUGUAUGUUUAUGUAAAAUCUUAUAUCAUAUUAAUUUCCAUAACAGUAUGCAUGAGGGCUUAUUUUGAAUAUGAUUUCUGGAAUACCUCAUGUAUACAUUACUAGAAGUGAUAAACUAUGAACAAAAAAAUUAUAUACUGGUAUACAUGUAUUUUCAUAUAAACUGUACCUAUUUUCUUUUUCUUUCAACUACUUACUGGGAAAUCAUUCCAGCCUUAUCUUGCAAUUCAAACUCUAUGAACCCUUUGUAAAGAAUACAUCAUGAUUUUUAUUUGAUUUUUUUUUUUAUUGAAUUCCCAUCUCGGAAAUAUUAUACAUGUAUUUUUUUUUUUUUAAGC